UCUCUCUCUGGUAGCUCGUAUAUCAGUGUGCUUCUCCACUGGCUCGGUAGCUCUACUCUGGAGCACCAGUGUACCACUCACCUCCCUUCACCGGCCGGCCAGGGCAACAGCUAGAGAAGGUAGGGAGACAUGGUGACCAAGCGCCUCCAGGAAAGCGGCUCGCCGAAGCAAGCUCGUCCUGUCGCCACCGACAGCGCCAACGGCCCGCUGAUGCUGCUCCGUUUGCGGGAGCAGUGCUGCCGCGAGCACCACCCGGCUGCCUCGCCCGCUGGCCCGCUGGCGCUCACGCUCGGCGCCCCGGCGGCAAAAACCGACGACGUCUGCCGGUGCUGCUGCGCGAGCGACGCGGACGCGCCGGCUCUGGCGCCUGGGGUUAUGCCGUCGGUGGACUCGGUGCUAAGUGGCUCCCGGUACCUGAGGCCCGUGCAGGAGCUGCUGCGCGACGCGGUCUCCGCCGUCGUCGUCGGCGGCGACGACGACGAGAGCGCGGGGGGAGGCAGCGAAGACGACGCGCCCGGCGAAGAGGCUCUCCGAGAGAUCCGUCUGCGGGCGGCAGCCACGCGCCGCCGCGGCAUCCAGGCCAAGAACGACGGCGGCGCCGGCGCGGUGCAAGCCAAGCUCCUCGGCCUUCUCAGCGAGCUGGAGGGGCGGCAGGAGCACUACUUCCAGGAGCUGAGCCGCGUGGCGUCGUCGUUCGAGCCGGCGCUGGGGCCCGCCGCGACUGCCGGGUACACGUCCCUCAUGUCGCGGGCCAUGACGCGCCACUUCGCCAACCUGCGCCGCGCCAUCCUCCGCAAGCUCGCCGCGGUCGCAAGGCCGGCGCCGGCGCCGAGGGCGAGGCUGUGGACGAACGAUGACAGCGAGGAGGAGGAGGACGACGAAGACGACGACGAGUACGACCCCGCGCAGACGGAGGACAUGGUGAGCAGGCUGGUCCGGCGGACGAAGCAGGCCGUGGCGGCGCGGGCGGCAGAGCAGGUGUGCAAGCCGUUGAGGGGCCUGCCGGAGGGGUCGGUGGCCGUGCUCCGGGCCUGGCUCUUCAACCAUUUCAUAGAUCCCAGGUACCCCAGCGACAACGAGAAGCUGAGGCUGGCCGUGAGCACGGGGUUAAGCAGAAGGCAGAUAUCCAACUGGUUCAUCAACGCGCGGGUGCGGCUGUGGAAGCCCAUGAUCGAGGAGAUGUACGCCGACGAGUUCUCCGACGUCUCCUCCAGGGACGACGACGCUGGCGGGGGCGGCGCCGCGGCGUCCUCUCAAUGAGCACACCUCCUUCCUUGGGACGGACGCAGGAUUCAGUUUUCCUUCGACGGAGAUGGGUCGGUUGGAUGCCGUCUUCGGUGAAUUUACCCCGUGUUUUUCUUUUUUGGUGUGAUCUUUCUUCGGUCGGUUCCAUGCAUUUUUUGGUCUAGUAGCGAUUCAUGGGACUGUUCAUCGUGUUGCUGUUAGUAGUUAUUAGGUAGUGAAGCUCUUUUUGCCAGAGCUUGAGUGAGUUAUGCAGAGACCGGGGGUUUCAACCUCCUUUUCGGAAAAAAAGACUACGGCAUGCACCCUAUUUGAUGAAAUUCAUCUUUACCCUAA